CACCAAAAAUCAAACCAACCAUUGAAGCUUUGGAACCAAAAAACAGAGAUGGAUGCGCUGAAGCUUUGGAGCCUAUCCUCGCAGCCAUUGAAGCACCUCUUCCGCGUUGCUUCAUCCACCACCACGACGAAUCUCAGACGACCCUUUUCUCAUUCUUCUUCGUAUUCUAGAGUUGUCCUCCGCUGUUGCUCUUCCACCUCCAUCUCCACCACUCCCGCCAACGCCGCCAGAGCCGGCGGCCGCAACCGGCGGGCAUCCACAUCUUCCUCCACCUCCGAUAGAGACGCUGUUCGAGCCAUUCGUUUGAAGAAGGUAGAAGAACUGAGGAGCAAAGGUUUGGAGCCAUAUGCUUAUGGGUGGGAAAGGACUCACACUGCUAAUCAGCUGCAAGAUAUAUACAAGGAUUUAGCGGACGGUGAAGAGGCAAAAGCCGAGAGGGAUGCUGUGUCUAUUGCAGGAAGAAUUGUGGCUCGCAGAGCGUUCGGAAAGCUUGCAUUUUUGACUCUGAGGGACGAUUCCGGCACAAUUCAGCUUUACUGUGAAAAGGAACGGCUUGCAGACGAACAGUUCGAUCAGUUAAAGGCAUUUGUUGAUAUUGGUGAUAUAGUUGGUGCUAGUGGAUCCAUCAAACGGACAGAGAAAGGGGAGCUUUCAAUUUAUGUGAAUUCUUUUGCAAUUCUUACAAAAUCUCUACUCCCGCUGCCGGACAAGUAUCAUGGUCUAACAGAUGUGGACAAGCGCUACCGUCAGCGGUAUGUAGAUAUGAUUGCUAAUCCUGAGGUAGCUGAUGUAUUCCGGAAAAGAGCAAAGAUUAUAUCGGAGAUACGAAAGGCAGUGGAGUCUGUUGGUUUCGUUGAGGUUGAAACUCCAGUUCUGCAGGGAGCAGCUGGUGGUGCAGAAGCUAGGCCAUUUGUUACACACCAUAAUUCACUUGGAAGGGACCUGUACUUGAGAAUAGCAACUGAGCUCCACUUAAAGAGAAUGCUGGUUGGUGGGUUUGAAAAAGUGUAUGAGAUUGGUCGAAUAUUCAGGAAUGAAGGCAUUUCAACUCGUCAUAAUCCUGAAUUUACCACUAUAGAGAUGUAUGAAGCAUAUUCAGACUAUGAAAGCAUGAUGAACAUGGCGGAGGAAAUUGUUACACGAUGUGCGCUUGCAGUUCAUGGGACUCUUACUGUUGAUUAUCAGGGGGUGGAGAUACAUCUUGAGCGGCCUUGGAGGAGGGAAACCAUGCACAAUCUUGUAAAAGAAUCCGCUGAGAUUGAUUUCGGUGAGUUGAGCAAUGAUCUUAAAGUGGCUAAAGAAGUUACUCUGAAAACCCUCGGAGCUGACCUUGAUCACAAAGACAAAGUUUCUAUUGAAGCAUGCACAUCUAUUGGCCACCUUCUUAAUGAGGUUUUUGAGAUUGCUGUAGAACCAAAGCUUCUGCAACCCACAUUUGUAUUAGACUAUCCUAUUGAGAUAUCUCCUCUGGCCAAGCCACACCGAAGAAAUGCAGGGUUGACUGAGAGAUUUGAGCUUUUCAUCUGUGGUCGUGAGCUGGCCAAUGCUUUCUCUGAACUGACCGAUCCUAUGGAUCAGAGAGGACGCUUGGAAGAGCAAGUGAGGCAGCACAAUGAGAAGAAAGCAGCAGCUAUUUCCGAAACAGAUGGUGCAAAUGAUAAAAGAAAGGAAAAUGAUGACUCGUAUGAGGUGACUCUUGAUGAUGAUUUCCUUACAGCUUUGGAAUAUGGGAUGCCUCCAGCUUCAGGAAUGGGACUUGGAAUUGACAGGCUAGUCAUGCUUUUAACAAACUCGGCUAGCAUUAGAGAUGUAAUUGCCUUCCCAGUUCUUAAAGUUCAGCAAUAAGGAGACUGAGACAGCAAGAGGGCCAACGACGAGUUAUUAUAUUGAGGUCAAGCUGCAAACGGCUUUAUGUUUUAUCCAUCUAUUUUUACUGAUGUCCAGUUUAACGGGCUGCGGAUACCUGGGUUUAUUACUUUGGGGGCAUAAAUUUUGUGGUUCCGCCAUAUGAUAAUGGACUUUGGCAAAACGAGAUUAGUUGUUGGAAGAUGUAAACAAGAUGGUUAUAACAUUGGAAAUAUAUUUUGGGUGGUCUUCUUUUGUUCAAAUUAUGUACGGAUCCGACCAUAUGAGGGUGUGUCGGUGUCAUCUAUAAAGGUGCCGUGUAAUCAUGGAAAUAUAGCAUCUCAAUCUCUC